AUGUCGUCGUCCAUCUCAGUUCAUUGUUUUUUGCUACCUCGUGGAGAGUUCGCAGACAACUGCGUUUUUGACAUAGCGAAUAUCUGCUUGAUAGCUUCUGGCUAUGCUCUCAUUGGUGACCUUCAUGUAUACGGUCAUUUUAUGGCCCUCGUCAGAGUUUCAACGAGCGAGAGCAUUCUGGAACGACUCCCAUUUGCCAUCCUGCCGCUCCAUUUGAAUGAUGAUGAUGAUGAUGAUGAGGAGGAGGAGGAGGAGGAGGAGGAGGAGGAUGAGGAUGAAGAUGAGAAUGAGGAUGAGGAUGAUGAUGAUCGACGUAUUUAG